CACUGCCUCUGAUUCUCCGGUCCCCCGUUUUAAGAGACAAAGGUCAGAAAGAGAAGCUUAUAAAUAGGCUAAAAUAAAGGCAACCGAGGCGUCCAACCCUCAGUCGCUCCCACGGACACAGGAGGACACGGACAAGACGGAACGGACAAGGGACCGCGCGUAAAGGACAUUAAAAGGACGAAAUAAUAAAGAAAAAUCACAUCAUCACAGCAGAAUGGCUCAAAAAGAGAAACUUCAGUGCCUGAAGGACUUCCAUAAGGACACCUUGAAGCCGUCUCCCGGGAAGAGCCCCGGCACCCGGCCCGAGGACGAGGCGGAGGGCAAACACCCCCAGAGGGAGAAGUGGGCCAGCAAGUUGGACUUUGUUCUGUCUGUGGCCGGCGGUUUUGUUGGUUUAGGGAACGUGUGGCGUUUCCCGUACCUCUGCUAUAAGAACGGUGGAGGUGCGUUUCUCAUCCCCUACUUCAUUUUCCUGUUCGGCGGAGGUCUGCCAGUCUUCUUCCUGGAGGUCGCCCUGGGCCAGUUCACCUCCGAGGGCGGGAUCACCUGCUGGGAGAAGCUCUGCCCCAUCUUUACUGGUAUCGGUUACGCCUCCAUCGUGAUUGUGUCCCUUCUGAACAUCUACUACAUCGUCAUCCUGGCCUGGGGUCUCUACUACCUGUUCCAGUGCUUUCAGCCGGAGCUUCCCUGGGCCAAAUGCAAGCAGCCCUGGAACACCGACCGCUGCAUCGAGGACACCUACCGCAAGAACAAAUCCCUCUGGGUGGCCGCCAACGCCUCCAACUUCACCUCCCCCGUCACCGAGUUCUGGGAACACAAUGUGCUGGGGAUCACCAGAGGCAUCGAGGAGAUGGGCACCAUCAAGUGGGACCUGGCCCUGUGUCUGCUGCUCGUCUGGGUCAUCUGCUUCUUCUGCAUCUGGAAGGGGGUCAAAUCCACCGGAAAGGUGGUCUACAUCACUGCCACCUUCCCGUUCGUCAUGCUCAUCGUGCUGCUGAUUCGUGGUGUUACUCUCCCCGGUGCCUCUGAAGGCAUCAAGUUCUACCUGUACCCGGACCUCGCUCGCCUCAAGGACCCAGAGGUGUGGAUUGAUGCCGGCACCCAGAUCUUUUUCUCCUACGCCAUCUGUUUGGGCGCCAUGACGUCCUUGGGGAGCUACAACAAAUACAAAUACAACUGCUACAGGGACUGUAUGCUGCUGGGAGCCCUCAACAGUGGUACCAGUUUUGUGUCUGGCUUCGCAAUAUUUUCCGUCCUGGGCUUCAUGGCACAAGAGCAAGGGGUGGACAUUGCUGAUGUGGCAGAGUCAGGUCCAGGCCUGGCCUUCAUUGCCUACCCCAAAGCUGUAACCAUGAUGCCUUUCCCGACAGUCUGGGCGAUCCUCUUCUUCAUUAUGCUGCUGCUGCUUGGCCUCGACAGUCAGUUUGUGGAGGUGGAAGGGCAGAUCACAUCACUGGUGGAUCUGUAUCCGUCCUUCCUACGGAAGGGUUACCGCAGAGAGGUCUUCAUCGCAAUCAUCUGCUGCAUCAGCUACCUGCUGGGACUCACCAUGGUUACCAAGGGUGGCAUGUAUGUUUUCCAGCUGUUUGACUACUAUGCAGCGAGCGGUGUGUGCCUUCUGUGGGUGGCAUUCUUUGAAUGUGUAGCUGUUGCCUGGGUUUAUGGCGUUGAUAAUUUCUACGAUGCUCUUGAGGACAUGAUGGGCUACAGACCAAAUCCUUGGAUGAAAUGGAGCUGGACUGUGGUCACUCCUUUACUGUGCAUGGGCUGCUUUAUCUUCUCUUUGGUCAAAUACAAGCCAUUGACGUACAACAAGGUGUACCAGUAUCCCGACUGGGCCAUCGGAAUCGGCUGGACUCUGGCCCUGGCCUCCAUGAUCUGCAUCCCCAUGGUGGUCGUCAUCAAGAUCAUCCGAUCUGACGGGCCGCUCAUCGAGAGGAUCAAGGCGGUGGCUGCUCCGGUCCGCGGCGGGGCCAGCUCCCGUCCCGCAGACCACCGUGGCCCCAAAGACCUGGCCUACCCUCUGGACCCCAACGGGAACAAGGGGCUGCUGCUGAAGGCCCCCACCCACACCAUCGUAGAGACCAUGAUGUAAAGGAAUGAGGCGGAGGCUCUCCAUGAGAUCGCUCUCCUCUCCUCUCCUGUCCUCUCAAACGCUUCUGGAGCUAGCUAGCUUUCUGUCUGUCUGUCUGUCGAUGUCUUUCUGGUGGACUGAUAAGGGUUUAAAGAAGAGAAAAAGAAAAAAAAACACAAGUUUCACCUUUCAAAUCUUCUUGGGAUACUUUGGGAGUAGUUGGCUGUCGGUGGUUUUUCUCCUGAGGGUAGUGAUCGCAUUUCAGAUCUGUUUGAUUUCCUGUUUGACGUGAGCACGUCGCGGCCAGUUAGCGUCCGCCUCGGUCACACGCUGGUUGAUCUGUUCGUUCCACCAGCUGUUUUGUUUUUUUUGUUUUUUGUUUUUUUUUUGCGAAUAAUCUGAAGAAUGUGGUUUUUGGAGUCUUGGAAUCAAACAGCCUUUUGUAGCCACGACGUAAAAAUCACCAAAACACGUUGUUCCAACGACUCGAACACGGUGCACUGAAAUAACUGAAACGUGGCGACGCCAAAGCAAAACCAAACCAUCACCUAAACACCAAGAAUUAGAGAUUUGCCAUAUUGGUGAAAACCGACGAUUACAAAGUUCCCUAUGCAGCUAACGGAAGACAAAAAUCAGCCGAUGGUCUGAAGAAUUGUGGUUUUAAUGCACCUUAGCACAAAUUUUCCCAUCUUCCAUAGCGGCGACAGCUAUGGGUCAAAGAGACAAUGAUGUAGAGUUUGGGAAAGCCGUUACUGCACAAGGAGGGGGGGUAUCUGAAAGGAUUUGAAGUGUGGAGGUUGAACCCUUGAGUGUGUUGUCUGUGGUGUACUGUACAGUAGUAGCUAAUCAGUCUAUCGAUAUCUAUCUCUUUAUCUAUCCUUCUCUGUCCUAGAUCAGUUUACAGUACAUUAGUGACUGCACUAGGCUCUCUCCGCUUCAAUUUUUAUGGAUUGGGUUUAUUUUCCGCAGAGGAAGUUACAUUAUUAUUAGUUUUCUUUUUCCUCUGAUAUGUUUAGAUUUUGUUUUUUUCUAUUAAUGUUAUUGGUAUUCACUAUUGAAUUGCUGUAGUUUUACAUAGAAGAAGGAACACUUUGUUCAUCUGGUGAUAAUACUAAGCUAUUAUACAAAUCAUACAUUUACAGUGGCAGCCAUUGUAGUUCAGUCCGUGUCAUUGUUGUUUUUAGCCUUGGCCCUUCAGACAAAUCCGUAUUUCGCACCACAAAAACAAGCAAUGCAAACUGUUUUCUCAUCUGUAAGGGGCGUGGAUCAAUUGUUACAAUGGCUCCAUCUGUAAGUCUGUAGGCGUUUGGGGUUUAUAGCUUUUCCUCUUCUGUAGAUACCAGGGGACAGUAUUUAAUUUGGGUUAAUGCAGCCAUCCAGCGGUUCAACAACACAGCACUAAUUCAAUCUCUGAAAGCGAAACACUGUGUGUGCGCGUGCUUGUGCUUGUGCGUGUGUGUGUGUGUGUGUGUGUGUGUGUGUGUACGUCAGAAUCUUCCUGCAGACGCUUCAGCUUCAGAAUGUGCCAGAAAUUCUGCUAAAAACUAAAGCAUAAGCUAACUUUCUACAAAACGGAAAAAAAACCCAAAGCUCUGUGGUCUGCAGCAGAAAACCGUGAAAACCCGGUGAGGCUGACGAUCUGUGGCCCAUUUCUAGCUGUGACGACAACGUUUCUGAGAAAAAAAAACUGCUAAACUGUGACUGCAAACUGCGAGAAUGCAGCUCCUGUGAGAAGUGCAGAUCUUAAAAACUGCAGGUUUACUCACAUUCACCACGUCGUUUCAGCUCUUUAUGAAGAAACGGGGAUCGUUCUCACUUCCCUGAAACGAAAAAGUUGAGAUGGAAUCGUUUUGGCGUGGAGUGAGGAACGAAACGUCCCGGACAGAGGCGAUCAAUCGAUCAAUCACCCGCAGCGACACUCAGACCGUCAAUGAGAAAACGAGGCCAAUUCAGUCGAAAUGCAUGCAGUUCAUCAUUUCUACCUUAUAAUGCACAGGGAGAACAUGCAGUCUCCUCACAGGAACAGUCUGCGCUCGAACCCGGGCGCCUGGCGGUGUGAACCACUGCACGCCUCGUCACAGCGCUGCGAGCAGAGAGAAAGAGCGAUGUUUUCUUCAUGUAGGUGUGUGCGUGUGCGUGCAUGUGUGUGUGUGUGCGUGUGUGUGUGUGCGUCACCAGCGACCGUCCACUCAGGACCUUUUCUCUUCAUUCAUUCUCUGGGCUGCAGAGCUGCAUUAAUCCAGCAUCCGAAGAAAAAAGAAAAAACCUGACUGAAAAGUGGGCGGAGAUGCAGCGGCGUUUUUCAUGCAGCUUGAAAGGGUUAAAAAAAACAUUUAAAAAAAAAAAAUCACACCUUAACUGCCUAUUUUACCCACAACCAACGGCAAAAACACCAAGAGAGUGACUUGAAGUGAGUUCUUAUUGCACCUUAUCGCUAUGAUUUGGAUUUCAUAUCAGAAGACGAGGCCAGCAGACAAAGAAAAGACCACUGCCAUCUUUCUAUUCAGGGUUCUCCACGGCCUCCUCUGUGAGAAAUAAAUAUCCAAAUAUAGUUAAAACAUGCUGCUCUAGUUCUCCCAACAGCAGACUGAUUGAACCAGACCAUUCAUUCACACUUUGCAGAAAUUUGACCAACAUGUUGGAGUGACAGACCAGAGCCUUUCUUCUCUCUGAAGCUUUGAUAGAUCAGUCUUUGUUUUUGUUUUGUUUUUUUUGGGAAUAUAAUCAAGUAGUUGAUAUCAUUAAAAGGGAUUUGCAAAACCAAAUCCACAGCAAACAUCUAUUUUCAUACAACUUUUCCUAAGUGAGUGGUCUUUGUACAGCUGACCUUCCAUCAACAGACUCAAACUUUCUGUUACUCCUGUAUUUUUGUACGGAUCUGCUUCCGGUUUCCUUCGGAGGACGUUUGCGUUAAAAACUCAAACCGGUCGGAAAACGCAGGAAUUGGAGAACUUUAAUGGUUCAUCUCCUGAAUCUGAAGGGAACCGGGGCGGUCUCUGGGUUUAUUCUGUGUGUUUACAGUCCGUCCCGCCUUCUCACACUCCUGCUCGUCAGCCUGUAAACCUUCCUUUGACCCAAGCUAACAGAUUUCUCUCAGAGAAGACGAACUAGUGAAGCAUUAGCGAGUUUUUACCGCUGGAUGUGGAAAUGUGACGGUCGCCCCGCCGGGCGAACGGAAAAGUUUCUGAAGAUUCAUUUUUUAGCUUGAAAAUCAAAUUGCAUUAUUCGUUUUGUUGAAUUCAGCAGCUUCUUGGAUUCUCUCUCUCUCUCCUUUUUUUCUGUCACAUUUGCCUUUUGUAUUCCAAAUAUGGUGUAUUUGAAUCCUCUGUCAUUGGAGUAACAUGUCAACUCAAUCAAAAAAAA